AUGCCAACAGCGAAAUAUCAAUUGCUCGUUCUGAAUCUCUGCCUGGCUCUGCUCCAGACUCCCUUAGCCGAGGCGGGCGAACAAUUGGGUUUCCAGCUGGAGCAGGAGCAGCAGCAGCAGCAGGACAUCUUUCGCAUCAAUGGCGGGCAGCUGAUGAACCAGUCGGUGCCCUAUCAGGUCUCCAUGCAGAUGAUGCGCCGCGCUGGCUGGCGUCACUUCUGCAGCGGCUCCAUAGUCAGCGAGCAGCACGUCCUCACCGCCGCCCACUGCGUGGACAAGCUGGAGCUGCAGAGCUUCAGCGUGCUCGCUGGCGUGCUCAACUGGAGGCAGGCCGGCCAGCGGCACAGGAUCGUGGCCAAGCACGUGCAUCCCCAGUACUCGAUGAGUCCGCGCAUCGUCUACGACAUUGCCCUGCUGCAGGUCAGUCCGCCGUUCCAGCUGCAGCACGCCAAUAUAUCCACAAUACAUUUGGGUGACAGCGAACGUAUUGGCCGCCGCAUACCUGUCCGGCUCACCGGCUGGGGCUCCACACUGCCCAGCAGCACGGGCGCUCAGCUGCCCGAUCGGCUGCAGGUGCUCGACUAUCGGACCAUCUCGAAUGAGGAAUGCGCCAAGCGAGGCUUUCGCGUCACGCCCAACGAGAUUUGCGCGCUGUCCGCGCCGGGCCGGGGCGCCUGCAUGGGUGACUCGGGUGGUCCGCUGAUCUUGGCCAGCAGCGGCGGCAGCAGGCAGCAGCAGCUGGUGGGCAUUGUGUCAUAUGGCAGCUCCACCUGUGCCCAGGGCAAGCCAGAUGUCUACACGCGCGUCUCCAGCUAUUUGCCCUACAUCAGCGCGAUCCUCAACCAGGAUCUGCACAAACAAUAA